AUGCUGGGUGCCAAGUAUUAUGAUGGCAAAAAAAUUAGUAUUCCAAUAUCAGAUGAUGCUCACAAUGAUCUUAUUGAACACUGGGUUUUCCAAGCUUACAGUAGUUUUCUCUCAGCAUUUGCAACUAAAAGGUAG